GCGGCGGCAGCAGCAGCUCCAGCUCCUCUCUCCUCCGCCCGUUGCCCAUUGACAGCAGCGUCUGCAGCUCGCUUCAAGAUGGCCGCUUGGCUCACAUUCAUUUUCUGCUGAACGACUUUUAACUUUCAUUGUCUUUUUCGGCCGCCCCGAUCGCCCCUCGCCGGCUGGCUUUUCCGGGACCUCCCCCCAGCCCCCGACCCCCAGGGCGCCAAAAUGCACCGCACCACCAGGAUCAAAAUCACCGAGCUCAACCCCCAUCUCAUGUGCGUGCUGUGCGGAGGCUACUUCAUCGACGCCACCACCAUCAUCGAGUGUCUGCACUCCUUCUGCAAGACGUGUAUAGUUCGUUAUCUGGAGACCAGCAAGUACUGUCCCAUCUGCGAUGUCCAGGUUCACAAAACAAGACCCCUUCUUAAUAUAAGGUCAGAUAAAACCCUUCAAGAUAUUGUGUACAAGUUAGUGCCAGGUCUUUUCAAAAAUGAAAUGAAAAGAAGAAGGGAUUUUUAUGCAGCUCAUCCUUCGGCUGAUGCUGCCAAUGGCUCUAAUGAAGACAGGGGAGAAGUGGCAGAUGAAGACAAGAGAAUUAUAACAGAUGAUGAGAUAAUAAGCUUGUCCAUUGAAUUCUUUGACCAGAAUAGACUGGAACGGAAAGUAAAUAAAGACAAAGAGAAAUCUAAGGAAGAGGUGAAUGACAAGAGGUAUCUUCGUUGUCCAGCAGCAAUGACCGUGAUGCAUCUAAGAAAGUUCCUCAGAAGCAAAAUGGACAUACCUAAUACUUUCCAGAUUGAUGUAAUGUACGAAGAGGAACCUCUAAAGGACUACUAUACGCUAAUGGAUAUUGCCUACAUUUACACCUGGAGACGGAAUGGACCUCUUCCUUUGAAAUAUCGAGUUCGACCCACUUGCAAGAGGAUGAAGAUUGGCCACCAGAGAGACGGCCUAAAUAACAGCGGAGAACUGGAAAGUGACUCUGGAAGCGACAAGGCUAACAGCCCAGCAGGAGGCAUUCCUUCCACCUCAUCCUGUUUGCCCAGCCCCAGCACCCCCGUGCAGUCUCCUCACCCUCAGUUUCCUCACAUUUCCAGCACGAUGAACGGAACCAGCAGCAGCCCCAGCAGUAACCACCAAUCCUCCUUCACCAACCGGCCACGGAAAACAUCAGUAAACGGCUCUUCAGCAACUUCGUCCGGUUGACACCUCAGACUUUGGAGUAAAAAUAAAACAAAACAAAACAAAAAAAACCCUGAUUUAUAUAGAUAUCUUCAUGCCAUUACAGCUUUAUAGAUGCUAAUACAUGUGACUGUCGUCCAAUUCGCUUUCUUUUGUAGGGACAUCGAAUUUGGCUAUAUAAAGUGGACUGAGUGGGACGUUCAUUGAAACGAAGGAGUGUUUCUGUAAAGAAUCUCUGGGGAGGCAGAGAAGAUUUUUUUUCCGUGUGUUAGGAAAUCUGUGAAAUGGUUUCUGCAGCCACCGUUUGGACAUGGGAAUCUUCUGCAGUGGAUAUAAGCAUCGGAACAUUGUUGAUCCAGACUAAAGCCUACAUUGCAUUCUCUUCAAUUGUUCUUGUUCUUAUGCUGUUUUGUGAACCCGUAGAAAGCAAGUGCUUUUCAUCUUGAAAUUCAACAAAACGGAAAGAAUACGCAUAGAAUAAUGCAUUCUAUGUAGCCAUGUCACUGUGAAUACAAUUUCUUGCAUAUUAGCCAUUUUGAUUCUUCUGUUGCAUUUUUAUUUCUCUGUUGCUCCGCAGAACCGAUCAAAGGAAAGUAAACUUCAGUUUUACAAUCUGUAUGCCUAAAAGCGGGUACUACCGUUUAUUUUACUGACUCGUUUAAAUGAUUCGCUUUUGUAAGAAUCAGAUGGCAUUAUGCUUGUUGUACGAUGCCAUAUUGGUAUAUGACAUAACAGGAAACAGUAUUGUAUGAUAUAUUUAUAAAUACUAUAAAGAAAAUAUUGUGUUUCAUGCACUCAGAUAUGGUUGUGAAAUUCUCCAAAUUGGUUCGACCCUUGCAGAGAUCCUGCGUGUGAGCCUUCCUUUGCUCAUUCAGCAGGGAGUGUUCUUUUUAUAUGGAUGUCGGAUCCCAACCUCUGCUUCUCCGGAAGCGAUUGGCAAUAUUUAAAAUACCUUACGAGCUUUGUCCUUUCUCAAGCGAUAGAGUUUUGCUUUUAAAUUUCAGCGAUGAAGGAAAAGAACAAAACCAUAAGGGACGAGGGAGUGUUUUACCCAUUUGAUUGCAGUUUUACUAUGGGGUGCGUGAAAUUAUUGUGUUUUAAAAAGCACAUUCAAUCACUACAUUCAUAAAACGUUGUAGAAAUUUUUAAAAAAUCAGCAAGUUGCUGGAUGAAGGCGUUUUAUCUAAAUUUAUUUUAAUAUAUAUGGUACAGUAGUAAUUUCGUAUAAAUUUAACAGGUACUCUAACAUUUCCAAACUACAGAAAAUGCCUUCUCUUUAAAUGCCUGAAAAUAGGAGCGAUUUAUUAUGAGCUUCAAAAGGUAUUAAUUUUAAGUAGAAAGAGCACGUUGAAUUUUAAGAAAAAAAAAAUGAAAGCCCCAACAGUUUUCAGUUUGUGCUUUGCUUUGGUCGAACUUUGUGUGUGUGCCUCACCCAUCCAGUUAUACAUUUGUGAGGGUGUUUAUUCUAUAUGAAUAUUGUUUCAUGUUUGUACGGGAAAUUGUAGCUAAACAUUUCAUUGUCUCCAGUCUGCAAAAGAAGCACAAUUCUAUUGCUUUGUCUUGCUUAUAGUCAUUAAAUCAUUACUUUUGCAUAUAA